CAAAAGGAAGUGCAGGCUCUCUAGGAAGAAUCCCAAACCGAUUCCUAAUUCAUUUCCAGGUAUAUAUUUUAUAGUGCACAAUAAUAUAUUCCCAAUAUCAUUUUUGGCAUUUAGACAAACCCACUCGGAGGAAGUGACAUUUCGGGUUUUUCUUUCCACACCCUUUGUUUACGUGGUUAUAAACCUUGAUUAUAAAUGAUUUAUGAAGCAGCAGCACAGACACCGACUUUAACUUCAAGCUCCACAGGAAGAGAAGCUGCUGCCAAGACAGUAGGCUAAUGCUAACAUGUCACCACCCGUCAAAGUUAUCGUGGUUGGAGCAGGGAGCCGUGGUGAAACAUACUCCGACUUUGCCUCCAUCCACCCUGAUCGGCUGAAAGUAGUUGGAAUUGCUGACCCAAGACUUUUUGCACGAAAGAAGCUCCAGGAGCGUCACAAAGUGCUUGAAGAAAAUGUAUUUGAUGAUUGGCACUGUGUAGCAGAAAGGGAAAAAUUUGCAGAUGCUGUAUUUAUCUGCACUCCUGAUCGCCUUCAUAAGGAACCUGCUGUUGUUUUGGCGAGGAAGGGUUAUCAUAUACUCUUGGAGAAACCAAUGGCAGUGACUCUAGAGGACUGCACAGAGAUUGCAGAGACUUGCAAUCAAAGUGGUGUAAUGCUAACAGUGUGCCAUGUUCUCCGAUAUGACCCAUACAUCAGAAAAAUCAAAGUGCUCAUCGACAGUGGAGCCAUUGGGGAUGUCAUUCAUAUUCAACACUUUGAACCAGUUGGGUUUUAUCACUUUGCUCACUCAUUUGUGAGAGGAAAUUGGAGAAAUGAGGCAGAAAGCUCUUUUGCUCUUUUAGCCAAAUCCUGCCAUGACCUGGACUUGAUUUGUCACUGGGCUGGAGGACGCAGGUGUAUAAAAGUUUCGUCAUUUGGAUCCCUCAGCCAUUUCCGAAAAGAAAACAAGCCAUCAGGAGCAGCGAGUCGGUGCUUAGAUUGUUCUGUAGAGACAGACUGCGCAUAUUCAGCGAAGAAAAUCUACUUGGACCGAGUUAGAAAGGGAUGGGUGAGUUGGCCAGUGUCAGUUGUAUGCGGCAGUUCAGUUCCUGAUAUUGAGUCAGUAACCGAGGCUUUGAAAUCAGGUCCAUACGGUCGCUGUGUCUAUGAGUGUGACAACGAUGUGUGCUCAAAUCAGGUUGUUAACAUGGAAUUUGAAGGAGGCCUCACUGCUACGUUUAGCAUGGUGGCAUUUACGGAAGAGGUGUGUCUGCGCAAAACGAGCAUCCAUGGCAGUAAGGGGGAGCUGACUUACAACAGCCACGAGAUCAAAGUAUUCGACUUUCUCACUCAGGUAUCCACGACGCACACAGUGGACGUCAAUGUACCGGGGAGCUUCAGCAAAGGUGGUCAUGGUGUUGCAGAUUAUCAUCUCGUUGACACCUUCAUUUCAGCUGUAGCGAACGGAGACCCAAUGCUGGUCCAGUCCGGUCCGAAGGAAACACUGGCAAGUCACAGGCUGGUUUUUGAGGCUGAGCGUUCUCGUCUAGAGAACAGAGUCGUGAUGUGUGUGACCGAUCACGACUAGUUGAUGAAGGCUAAAACAUUUUUUCCUCUUUUUUCUUUUUUUAUGACUACAUAAAUGCUAGAAAACUAACAUUAAUUGUAAGUUGGUGUUUGUGACCAGUAGCCAAGGCAUGCAAAAUUGACCUUGCUGUCUAGGUGCAAAUAAUGGAAUACUAUCUCACACUUGUCAAUCCCAGUAUAACUAUUAACUAUAACUAGUACUGUAUGUUUAUUCAUGCUAUACAUGUUGCUAAAAAAUAAGUGUGCCAGUAAUGCUGUUUUGUCUUCAUUUACAUGAACAAAUACAUGAAAACGGUCUUGAAUGAUUACACUGUCUUGGUUGAUCUGUUUAUCUUGGACAAGCAUGUUACCACGUGUUAUUUUGAAGAGCCUGGCUUUCAGUAUGCUUUGUUCAGUAUAGCUCUUGGAAAUCUGAGCCAGGAUUGUUUCUGGUCAAACAUUAGACUUGUGAUUAAGGCAGGAUGAUCAUGGUGUGCUGAUAUGAAGCAUGCUGGCUUAAGAGACUUUGACCUUGGACGAGCUGUCUUCUCCCGUUAGUGUCUCAAAGGUAAUAUCGAUUUGUUUAAGGUUUAUUUAAAUGCAUUACUCUCGUGGUUAGUUCCUUGGUUACAUGUUGUGGAGGCAGGGCUGGACUUUGACCCAGUGGUUGGGGAGCCAUUUCUGUGAGAUUGUAGUCAUAAUCUAAAUCCUGCAGAUGGCAGAAUAAACACAACACUAGGGUAAACAGAGGUAUGGCCUCUAGUACACCAAGUAAUUGUACAAAGGAUUAGUGACCUGAACAACAGCCAAUAAAUUCUGUGAUGUCAAUCUUAGUUUACCUUGGAAUGAAGUCAUGUGUAGUGAGCAGUUCAUUCGUUCACUGGUCCACCAGCUUCCUCGGUCGGUUUUUGGGAGAAUCAUAAGUUAGAUACCUCACAGUCCAAUUGUCUUUCUCUGCAAAAGCAGCCAUUAAUGUCCAUUCCAUAGACUUCAGGUCUGUCUCCAAAGGUUUGACAAUACUCGAGUAACUGUUUGAAUACUUACGGAUUAUUUUAGUGUACUUACUUCAUUUGUUAAUUGAUUAUUAUUGAAAUAGAAAGCUAGUGUUCUUAUCUCAUGGAAAACAUUUUAAUUUUUAUUUAGACUCAAAAUAUUUAAAACAAUACACUUCUUCUCACAUCCAGCUAAUGUAUGUUGUAUAUCAACUGAAUUUGCUCAGUUUAGCAUCCAAUCAUCUGCAGAAAUGUAGAAAAAACUAUCAUGAUUUAUGCCAAUUUGCCCUUGGCUGUAAUCUCAUGCUACGCAGUGUGGUUAGUGCCAUGGAUGUGUGUUUUUGAAUAUGUAAACACCAGUGGACUGCUUUGUGGAACUUUGUGGAAGGUUUUACCCGACCUCGGUAAAAUAUUUUACUAUGCUGGAUAGGCAAAAACCUGUAUAAAAGGAGGCAUCUUCUUUUCAUCCCUGAUAGUCUAUACUAUGAGAUAUUGUUAAUAUUAACUGUCAAAUUUAAUAAAAUUUGUCUGUUGAUUGAUUGA